AUGGAACGUCGAGAUUCGAGUUCCCAACCACCAUCGGCAUCAGCGUCCCAGCUUUCGCAGCCACGGCCGCUCGUCAAUCCGCUGCGAAAUGUCUUUUCGUCUCCUGACCGGAUCGAACAGCAACCGUCCUUCCCCGCACAAUUGACAGCUCGAAAUACCAGUAUCAUAGGAGUGCUUCCUGACGACCCGCGGCUGACUCGCUCUGUGGCACUAGAAGCAGUACAGGCCGGAACUACCGGGAAGAAUAAGCGUAACACUUUCGCCUGCACAAACUGUCACGCUCAGAAGGCCAAAUGCGUGCCCUCAGACGUCAACGACAUAUACGGGAAGAGCUGUGUGCGGUGUUCCCGCCGCAACAAACACUGUACGUUUGAUCUGUCACGUAGAACACGGCGUCGUCGGCGCGAUAGUGACCAGGCCAUCGAGUUAGAUGUGUGUCCGUCUGGCUCCAAUUCCACUGCAAUGGGCUCGAUAACCACCAGUAAGUCAAACUCAUCACUGCCGCGUCCUGCGCAAAGCCUCAAUAUCCCGACUGCCAGCAGUAACAGUGGCUUCAUCGCCGACAACAGCUCCUUUUUCAGUAAUCAGCUUCCCGUCACCACCUCACCCAAGAUUUCGUCCAUUGGUAGUACACCCACGUCAAGACCGCUGGGCCUUUCCGAUGAGCAAAGUGGUAGGACUAGCAGCUCCUUGCCGCCACCAUUGAAUAUAAAUGCAAACUCUUUUCUUCCAACGCUUCCAGAUUGGUCCCGAAGCGAAACUCAUUCGCCUCCAAGUGCCAAAGCGGUCACACGAGUAUCUCCGCAGUAUCCAAAAGUUCCUAGAUUAUCAAUUACCCCUUCAGAAGCGCCCAACUCUUUUGAAGAACUGCACGAAGAGCUGCAGUCACUUUUGUCUUCGCAACUCGAAAACUUUUACAGUGUUACCGAAAGUCUCUCCCGACUUUCAGACAAGUGGAGCGAUAUAUUAGAGAACAGUGUUGGUGUGCCCCUGGCCCUUGAUCCAAUUACACUCGGCAUUUUGAGUAAGGAACAAGCUCAACGUCGCCUGGACCUUUACCGAUACGAAAUUUCUAAUAAGUACAGGUUUCCAUUCGUCAAGAUUCCUGCUGAGCAAAGUCUAGAUGAGCUACGAGAACAGGAACCGAUUCUGUUUGUUACGAUCAUGACCGUCGUGUCAGCUAUGCUGAAAGGCGAUGAAUUCAAUGUUGAGCAGAACAUGAGACUCGAUAAUUUUACUCUGGGACUUAUAUCCCACCAUAUGACAAGAUUGGGGGCCAAAUCUUUGGAAAUACUGAAGUCACUGCUCACCUUGUGCCUAUGGUAUAACUUCCCAGAGUGGUCCAACAAGACCCGGUUUCAUUUUUUCAACUAUAUCUGUUGCUGUCUCAUCAAAGAUCUAGUGCCAUCGCGUAAGCCACAGCUUUUCGCUUUAAUUCAGAAUUCCAAGUAUCCUACUGACGACGAAGCUGCUGCCAUUGAUGAAUUUUUGUUACAAAACGAAUGUUACUCCCGCUUGGUGAUUCUAGUUUAUGUGUCUGCACUGAAUAUCAAUAUUUUCUUGCGACAGCCCAUACAAAACAGGUGGGGUUUACUGCAAGAGCGUGCCAGUAAAAUUAUGGCUUUAAGCGAUGCAAGACCUAUUUCGAUUUAUGAGCGCGAGGAAGAUGAAAUUCUUUUAACAUUUGCCAAACUCAACCGAAUUCUAGAAGUGAUUCACGUCAAAUUACAUGAGGCGGAAGAAGAUCCACCUGAUCAACAAGAAGAGUACGCUUCCAUUGCCCAGAGCAAACUAAUCGAUACCCUGCAACAAGAGCUGCAGGAUAUUUUUCAGAAGAUUCCUCGGGAAAGAACGAGGGUUCUAGCAUUUUACCAUUCUGUCGAGGCCUAUUUGCAUGAGUGGCUGUUCUUCAGAUAUUUAUCAAAAUUUCCAGACCCUUUAAUGAUCAACGAAAUUCCUGAGGUGGUUUCCCAGUCAUUUCACAAACUCACAUUUUCUUGCAUUAACGCCAUGCACGAGUUUCUCCAACUGUCACCCGAGUUGAUUGCAUCUCUCCCGCUUUUUCACACCUCCAGAGUCAUUUACACUGUUGGGAUGCUGUUGUUGAGAGUAAGAUACACCACUAUAACGGUGCCGGCGUUCGCAUACCUGAGAGAAACAACCCAGCCCGCUGUUUCGCUCAUCAAAAGCACGUCACAGUCUCUUGACGAAAGUGCGAGAUUGUAUCCAUAUAACAACUUUUUGUCCAAACUACGCUAUGUCGUGGGCCUGUUUGUUCAAAUUUAUGCAAACAAGAUCAAGGCAUUUCUCACUACUAACAAGCCCGAUUUGGAAGGCAUAAUGCAGUCUUAUAUUGACAAUCAGAGUGGCCCGAUCCCAGCUCAACAUCAAAAUUCUGUUCCCAUGCUACUCAAUCCUGUCUCUCCUCCGCGCGGCAACACCCCAGACAAUAAUAGUAAUGUGACAAUUCCAGCUAACGAGAUCGCGGGUAUGGACGCAGAAAAUGCAUGCAAAUUAAUGGACGCAUUAUCCUAUCAAUUGGCUGAUGUUACUACGCUCGAAAACGGGUUUAACACUGUACUCGGCGAAUUCUGGACUGACAUCUUUUGA